CGCGUUUUCUGAUGGUCGAAACGACUCGAAAUCUAAUGAUCGUGUAUGUUGUGUCGAUGUCAGUAAAGGGGGCUGUCUACAUGAAUGAUGAUUUGAAGUUUUGACCCAUGCUUCCUUUGUGACAUCAUAAUGCAUUCCCAGCAUCCCCCACCUGGUCCAGGACCCGAGAGGCCUCCUUUCAACCCUCGGCUUUCUGGACCUUACCCAAGGCCUCCCCCUCCAAGAGGACCAGGAACAGGUCCUAUUCGCUUUGGUCAGAACCAUGCACACUUAGGACCACCUCCAGGCCCACAGGGACCAUUUGGACCUCAAGGACAGUACCCUGCUCAUCCACCAGAGGUGCAUCCAAAUGGGCAUGGAGACUGGCCUCCUCCAGUUGGACAAAACAUGGCUUUUCCGAAUAGGCCUCCACCUCCGCUACCACCCUUUAUGGGGCCACCGCCACCCUUUUCAAGGCCACCGCCCCCUUUGCCCUUCCCCAACGGCCCUCCUCCCAGGCCUGACAUGCGGAUUCCACCCCCGGGGUUUGAUUUUAGAAUGAGACCUCCACCCCCUUUCAACCCUCAGAGACCUCCUGCACCCCACUUGCCACCACCUCCUCCUGACUUCUCUAAUCAUCCUGAUAAACAAGGGAUGCAGAUGUCAGGAUUUGAUCACCAAGGAGGUGGGCACAAACCUAAUGAACAGUGCGUUCCUGGAGGAAAGCAUCAAGACCACAACUUUCGGCCACCUGGUAAUGUCUCCUCACCGGGAGACAGAUUUUCAAAGCAGCAUGGCCAAACCAGCCAAGAUUCUUCCUACAACCCUCGUCGGGAAGCCCAGAGGCCACUGAACUCUUCUAAGCAGGAGGGGCCAAAAAACAAAGAUCUUGAUGGACAAGGGUCACGCUUGAGCAGGCAAUCUGAUCAACAAGAUCCAACCUCACAAAGGGACGGAGGGUAUCGUGGUUCAAGCAAAGACUCUAUUGACGGUGACAGACAACGGUCAGCGGGUGACCAUUAUAGAGACAGAGAAAGGUCAAGAGAUCGCUCGGCCAGAGACAGCAGAGAUUUAGAUUCCAGGGAUUACUCUCGUCGGCAAAGGGACAGGUCCAGAGAGCGAUCAUCGAGGAGGGAGAGGUCACGAUCUCCCAGACAAGGUCGUCAUGGAGACAGAGGCAGGACAAGGGAGAAGAGUCCAUCAAGGGACAGGAGCUCAAGGAGACAGCUCCAAAGUGAAGACUCAAGAAGCAAUGAGAGAUCCAGAUCACCUAGAAGAUAUGACCGGUCUUCAAGGGAAACAAGUUCACAGAGGAAUAGCAGUCCUCAUUCUAGGACCAGUGCUGAUAGUCAUGACCAGAAAGAUAGGAGAUCCCGAAGCCCUUCACGGGAUCAAAGGUCCAAGGAUAGAGAGGGUUCCCUGCAUAGAUACAGCAGUAGGAAAACAGAUGGGCCUGCCACAGAUCCUAGCAAACCCUGCCAGCGCUGGAACGAUCUGGAGAGAGAGCUGCAAGAAGAAGAACGUCAGGAGAAAGAGAAGGAGGUAGAGAGGGACCCCUUUGAGGAUUCUGACCCGGAGGAUUGGGGUGCGGACGAUACCCCUUGGAUCCAGUGCUCCCCAAGAGAAAACUUCUACUCCAUUAACCCUAAUGAUCAAAUUAAUGCAAGUUCUAUAGCUGGUACGGAGAAAAUGAAAGAACUUCUGAAGCGGUUUGAGGCAGAACUCGUAGAACGGGGACCUCGUGUGAGAGCGAGUCAGCCCGAGCCAGAGCAGAAGAAGCCCGAACUCCAUUGGCAUUACCAUUCUCAUGACGACCAUGAGGAUAGCGAUAGUACCGAUAGUGACUCGGACGCCUCGUCGGGCGAGGAGGAUGAGAAUUAUGAUUUCCGCAUUGCAUGUCUUGAGAACAGGGCCAACCACCCGUGGCGUCUGGCUGAGAAUCUGUGGUUCAAUGACCCCGGAGAGAUGUACGAUGGUCCCCUGUGCAAGUGUAGCAUCAAGCAGAAGAAGAGCGGUAUCCGGCAUAACAUCUUUCCUGGAGAGAAACCCAUUCCACGGUGUGAGCCACACACCAACAAUGCCUCCAGGCUGCACCAUUACAGGGUCACGAUCUCACCUACUACCAACUUCCUGACAACUACCCAGACUGUCAUCAUCUACGACAAACGAGAGUACAUCUUUGAAGGAUUCUCUCUCUUUUCACAUCAUUCCUUGGAAGAAGUCCCAGAAUGCAAGGUGGUCCGAUUCGGCCGGGAGUACACCCUUCACUUCUUCCCAGAGCCUAUGCCUGAGCAUUUUACAGUGAAAGGCUUGGAUUUAUUUUCAAGGUUCUUGUUUGAAGAAAUUCUUGAACUUUGGGACUUUGAUUUCAAAGGAAAAGAAGGUGGAUGUCAUCACUUCCAUUUCAUGCCCCGCUUUGCCCGUCUCCUUCCUAACAACGGCAAAGAGAUCCUCUCUAUGCACCAUGUGAUCCAAUACCUGAUCCGAAGCAGCAGACCAAUCAUAGAUCCGGCCAAGCUUGACGACUGGCUGGCCGUCAGUGAGACCUCGUGGCAGAGAUACGUUGAUAAGCUUCAGCAUAUGAUUGCCACGCGCCCAGGGAAGAAACCAUCGUCAAUACGGAUUGAUCAGCUUGACCGAGACCAGAUGGACCCGGAGAAGAAGACCUUUCCCGUCAUUGUCCACUUUGGUGUCCGGCCCGCCCAGCUUUCCUACAUUGGAGACCCAAACUAUCGAAAGCUGCUGAAGUCGUUCACCCGACUGCGUCAUCUGCUGCUGAACAAGCCGAGGGUGACCGAAGCGGACAAGGAGAAGAUGGCGGAGAAAGAGGCUAAACUGCAGAAAAUCCGUAUCCAGGGAAGCAGAGUCCGAGAGGUCACGGCAGAGGUCAGCAGUGAGCAGAUGCUAGCCACUGGUAUAGGAGUGGACAUCUGUCAGCAUGCUCUGAUGCUCCCAGUGCUCGUCAAUCACCUUCGAUACUUUGGUUGCCUCAACAACCUCUACAAGGUCUUGGGUUACAAGUUCCAGGACCCCAUGCUACUAAGGUAUGCUAUGACACAUCCGUCUUACAAGCUGUACUUUGGAACCACCCCUGACCAUGUGAGGAACUCUCUGUACAACUGUGGCAUCCGCUGCAGACAGGAUCACACAGAACACAAGAAGGUCCUCGCAAAAGAAAGAAAGAAAGGAAUCAAUCAGCUGUACCGCAUCAUGUCGCUGAUGGCUUCAAACGACGAGCUGCCGUCCCACAUCAAGCACUACGAGCGUCUGGAGUUCCUCGGGGAUGCGGUGAUCGAGUUCCUCUCCAGUACUCACCUCUAUCACCUGUUCCCCGACCUGGAAGAGGGUGGGUUGGCGACGUAUCGUAUGGCGCUGGUCCAGAACCAACAUCUGUCGGUCCUGGCAAAGAAACUUGAACUUGAUAAGUACAUGCUCUAUGCCCAUGGGCCUGACCUCUGUCGACCCUAUGACCUUCGACAUGCGAUGGCGAAUUGCUUGGAGGCGGUCUUUGGCGCAAUAUACCUGGAGGCAGGGCUGGACCUAUGUCGGGAGAUCUUCGGCAAAUUGCUGUUCGAGGAAGAACAAUUUCAAAAUAUCUGGUUAAAACAUCCCAAAGACCCCUUGCAGGCUGAUUUCCCCGACACAGACCGACAUCUGAUCAAGAAUUCAGAAGUGUUACAGAAAUUGACAGUAUUUGAAGAGGACACUGGGAUGAGGUUCCGGCACAUUCGGCUUCUUGCCAGAGCUUUUACCCAGAGAUCUGUGGGAUAUACCAAUCUAACACAGGGCUCCAAUCAAAGGCUCGAGUUCCUUGGUGAUUCUGUGCUGCAGCUUGUUGUGUCCUCCUACCUCUACAAACACUUCCCGUAUCAUCACGAAGGACACUUAUCACUCUUGAGGAGUUCUCUGGUCAACAACAAGACCCAGUCUAUCAUAGCCCAGGAACUUGGUCUCGUUGAGUACAUCAUAGAGCCCAAGAUCAGACCCAGGAACGAGAACAAUGUUCCUAUGAAGAUCCUGGCUGAUCUUGUUGAAGCUUUGAUUGGUGCCAUGUACGUAGACCAUGGACUCGAUGUUGUGGAAACGUUCUGCGGUGUAGUAUUUUAUCCUCGGCUAAAGGAUUUCAUCCAGAAAAACCACUGGAACGAUGCCAAGUCCCAACUCCAGCAGUGCUGCUUGACCUUACGGGUCGAAGGUCAGGAACCAGAUGUACCCUACUACAAGGUCAUCAGCCAGAGCGGGCCCACAAACUCCCGUCAGUACUCGGUAGCCGUCUACUUCAAGGCAAAGCGAAUGUCGACAGGGACAGCGUCUAAUAUCAGGGACGCCGAGAUGGAAGCUGCCAAGAAUGCCCUGAGGAAGGGGAACUUCCCGCAUCUUUAUUUCCAGCGGAAGUGCGCGAUGUUGCGGAAGCAGAGGGAGGCCAUGAUGGAUGAUGAGAGGAUGAAGGAAGAGGAGGAGAGAAGGAGAAAUGGGGAGGGGAAAGGGGAUAGCGGAGCAAGGAGAGGAAGAAGUGAUGAUUCAAGAGGAAGGAGGGAUGAGGGAAGGGUGGACUUUUCUAGGAGUGAAGGAAGGAGGGAUGAAAGGAGGAGGGAGGAUGGGAGAAGGGAAGAUAGGGAUGAGAGGAGGAGAGAUGAUGGUAGGAGAGAUGGUGGUAGGAGAGAUGAGGGGAGGAGAGAUGAGGGGAGGAGAGAUGAGGGGAGGAGAGAUGGUGGUAGGAGAGAUGACGGAAGGAGAGAUGAGGGAAGAAGAAAUGAAGGAAGAAGAGUUGAUGGACAGAAAGAUGAGGGAAGAAGAGAUGAGGGCAGGAGAGAUGAGGGCAGGAGAGAUGGAAAGAGGGAUGAAAGACGGAAAGAGGAGGGAAAGAGAGAUGAAGGAAGAAGAGAUGACAGGGAAGAGAGUAGAGAUGACAGGAGGAGGGAUGAUGGCAGGAGAGAUGAAAGAAGGAGGGAAGAAAGGAGAGAUGAUCGAAGGAAAGAGGAAGGACGGAGAGACGAAGGAAGAGGGGAGAGGAGAGAUGAAAAUCAGAUGGUGGAAAGAAGGGAUAGAAGAGAUGAAAGAAAAAAUGAUGACGGGAGAGAUACAAGGAGAGAUGAUGUAAGAAGAGAAGAAAGAAAGAGAGAUGAUGGGAGGAGAAGGGAUGGUAGGAGUGAAGGAGAAGGUAGACCGGCAGAGAAGAAAGAUGAUGCUCCCUCAUCAACAGAUGUCAAUAGUAGAGAAGAGAAGAAUAGAAAUAUUCAUGGAAAGAAUGAGGCAGUGACAGAGAGAUGACAUUCAUCAAAUAUGAUAGAUAGAUAGAUGAUAAUGAAAAUGUGAGGUUUUGGAAGAGACAUUUGAGAAAGAUAUGCAACCUGGAAAGGAAAAGGAUGAAACACUGCCUUGAGAAAAUAAAGACAAUGAAAAAGACAAAUUGAUUGGUGAGAAUAAUUCUGAUCUUUAGAUGAUUGGAAAAGCCUUUGAGAGGUGAGCAACCUUGAAAGAACUAUGCCUUAAGAAAAAACAAGAUGAUGAUGGAGAGAGAUAGGUGAAGAGGACUGAACGAAUGUAAAGCGAAACCAUAACUCAGUACUUGGAAUGAAUCGGGGACUAGAAAUGUUUGGAAAGUGUGAAGUUGAAGAUAAAUGAAUGUCAGUGCAUCAAAUGCCGAUUUCAUGAAGGUCAACUGUCUCUACAGUUUAUCAUCCUAACUCAAGAUCACGUACAGUUACAUUAAUUGAACUUUAUGUAAUCAUGAAAUCUAAGCUGAAAAAUGACCACACUGAAGCUCGCCAACACCAAUGAGCACACGUGGGACAGUGUAUUACUGUUGCUUGGAAAAAAUGCUGACAUCUGGCUGGAAUGCAUGCUUAUUCUGCAUAUUUCUCGGCAAUUACACAGUUUCUUCCAGUAUCUUCUGGCACUUAUUUUUCAUCUAUACAAACAGACACGUAGACGGUCAUUUGAUUGUUUGUACAAACUCAUAUUGAAGAAAUUUUAACAACCGUCAUUUAUCGUUAAAUUGUCUUAUCUGGAAAAUUAUUUUACCAAACUAAAUCAUGUUGAUGUCACAGACUUGAAAAUCAAUUAAGGGUCAUUGGUAAGAUAUGAGGGUAGAUAUUAUAUUUGUUUAUAUGAAUAGUUUAGUUGCAAAAGGGGUUAGGUCCACUUUGGACCAUUCCGAGAAAAACCAUGUUUUUUAUUCUCACUUAUUGCAAUAUCCUUAUGAGAAACUAAAUUGUCAUGAUGUACUAUCUUAUCAUGUGAACAUAAAAUUGGGUAUAAAAGAAAUCUAUCUGUCUUCAAUUUUCUUCUAUAUCUUUAAAAAAAAAUUAUCAUUGUGGACCUAACCCCUUUUGCAAGUAAACUGAAAUGAAUCCAAUCUCUUUUGAUUAAUAAAGUGAUUUUUCUUUGCCACUUUCAUUCACGAUUUCAUUUGAAUUUCAAAUUGUCUUUGGUAUCAUCAGAGUGACUAAAAAUUUGGAGGCUUAGAGACAGAAAACAAUAAAAUUCAUGAAAAAUGGACCUAACCCCUUUUGACAAAUGAGUUCUUCAGAAGAGUUUUGUUGCAAAAGGGAUCAUUAGGUCCACUUCAAGAAAAUCAUUUUUUUUAAAUCUCCCAUUUUGCAAUAUUCUUAUGCGAAACUGAAUUUUCAUGAUACCCCGGCUACCAUAAGAACAUAAAAUUGGGUAUAGGAGAAAUCUACCUGUCUUCAUGUUUUUUAAGAUAUUCUUUUCCAAAAAAAAUUCUGUGUGGACCUAACCCCUUUUGCUACUAAACUGAAAUGGACCUAACCCCUUAUGAAAAAAAAGUGAUUUUUCUUUGCCAUUUUAGUUCACUUUUUAAUAGGAAUUUCAACUUUUCUUUGGUAUCAUCUUAUAGAGCUACUAAAAAUCUAUACAUUAAGACAUAAAAAUCAAAUUUGAUGAAAAAUGGACCUAACCCCUUUUGCAAGUGAGCUCUUCAUAUGUAUUGAAAGUUUAGCAAUCAUCAUAGAACACAAGGAUUUAUUGCAUUGACUACAUACAAUGUACAAUCAAUCUUGAAAUAUGGAGCAUACCAGUAAUCGCUAACCUUUGUGUUACAGGACCCAGGGCAUGUUUCACUUGUUUAAUUUGCAAUAACAGUUACAAGCUACUGAAAUCUCUCAAUCUAAUUGGCCGAGAGUAAACUUGUUGUGAAAGAAAAGUGCCUUUGCUAUAAUUAUAACAAAUGGUUUUGAAACCGGAUCCAGAAUAUGCAAAUAUAUGUUAAUAGCAGUUGAAUUUUUGGUGACAUUACAGUUGCUCCUGCGACGAUUGCUCCUGACUUUAUAUCGUCUAAGAUAUAGGGUUAGUGUUGUAAUAGAGUUUUUUUGCUAGGUUUAGGGUUAGGUUGAUGAUGUUAAAGCUACAUGUAGGGUUGAAGUUUGCCAGUCCAUUAGUGUGUGGAAUUUACAAUGGAACAAUUGUCGCCGCAGCAAAUGUCAUGGAACCAAUUUUUUUCCCCCGAGUUAAACAGAUUUUGGGGGUUCUGUUUAAAAGUUCAUCAGGUAAUUUAAGAAGAAUCUUAACAUUUAUAGAAGGUGCUAUCAAUUCGAAUCUUUGGACAUGUUUAUAUUGAAUAUGCAGCCAUUCACUGACUGAUAGACAAUAUGGAUGAAAGACAGUAUCAUUAUUUUCAAUAUUCAACUCGCUUGCCAUGAAUAUUUUUUCUUCUCUCUUCUUUGAUGACCCUCUGUUUACAACUUUUUAUUAUUUAAAUAUCGACAGCUCAGACAAUGGUUUUGCAAUUAACAUGUGCAAUGAAAAUUCACUACUGUAUCCCCCUUUUUCAAAUGUGAACCUUGAUUUUGAUAUUAAAUUCUGUUAUAUUUCAGAAACAUGUCAAGAUGCACACGUCCUAAAAUUUGAAUAUCGACUAUAGCAAAUAUUUCCAGGUUAGGAAUUAUUUGUUUAAAAGGGCCCAUUUUUCAGUCUUUUGGGCUAUUCAUAUCAUUUUGGGCUAACUUUUCUUGGUGCAAGUCAAGUAAUGCACAACAAUCGUAGCUAAAGGACAUAUCUGCGAAAACAUGUUUAUUGGAUUUUCUCAUCAGGUCUUGAGAAAUUAUGGUAGAAUAAAAAUGAUGAUUCUUGUAGCAGAUUUGAGGUGAUUUUGAUGGAAAUGGUCACCCCAAAGAAGGUUUUAAGGACAUUAAAGUGUUGUAUGGGUUGCGAUAGGGGAUUGCCUGUUGCCCUUGGCCAUUUGCUAUGCUGAAUAUCUCUUUUUAUUUUAUAUUCUGUUUUACAUUUUCCUGUACCAGCUUGGUAUUUGAGAAUCAAACUAAGCUGUGCAAGAUGAAUAAAUAAACCAGCCAGGUUA